GUCCCCCUCUCUGAGGUGUCGCCCUCGCAGCUGAUUGCGUAUGACCACGAGAGGGACCUAUUGCCCGUGAUGUUGGCAAACUGCAGCUACUCACUAGAAAUGGGAAGAGAAACGCAGCUCCAGUACAACUGGGAAACGCUAGAGAAGCAAAUCAUUGAUCGGUUCAUACGGGGAAGACCAGAAGUAAACUUUGACGUAAGCAACCUGUUAUAUAAUGCUCUUUACUAAAAGGAAUUUUUAGUUUUUUACUGUGUUGAAAGACGUUUUAAUGAAGCUUUUUUAGUAUUAGUAACUGCACCGCUGAUUGGAGGUUUUGUGCCUGGUUUCAUUUUAGGGCUUGCUAGACCUUUUUUUAGCAAUUGAAACGGCAAAAGGGAAUGACUAGAAAUUCACAACUCUUCAAUAAAGAAUUCUUGGCUUCACUGAAAAAUGGAGAACGCAAAAAAAAGAACUUAAAGUGUUUUGUAACAAACCCAGAAACAAAGAUGGUUUGUUAAGAAUAACCGUGAGAAUCAAAGUUUGACUUAUUACACUUUGUUUUUCGUUUGUUUUUAACUCAUCGACGGCACCUUAAACUCGAUUUUCAACUUUCAACCUGUUAGGUGGAAGAUUUUGUGUUUCUCGAGGAUGCCCGAGAUGAGUUUUCCUUUGCUGCAUUGAAACACAAGAUUCCACAGGUGCGUUGUUUUUACAUAUCAAAUAUUUAUCAUCAGCAAUACUGAGAACUUUUACACGAGCAAAACGUAAUUUUUUUUCUCUUUAUCCCCCGGAAGGAGCCCAUAACGGGACACAUUUGUACUCAGAUCCUGUCGGAGUUCAAAGAUCUCAAGGAUGUUACAGACGUGGUCAAAACGAUAGAAAUUACAGUUGGUUUUUUGUCUACA